CUGCUAGGGAGCUGCAGAACUGGGAGGCUGAAUGUCCAGCUGACUGAUAGGAUCCUGCUGUCCUUGCCACUACUAUCUGCAGAGCUGCCUUCCUGUCAUUCCGCCUGAGUGCCCUGUUAUCCCGAGCAAACAGCUGCUUUGUAGCAGCCAGACCGAGCCUAAUAAGGAAUUGCAUUUGCCAAGCAGUUGGUGCCCCCUUAUCUAGAAAGAAGCGGCACCUGUAUCUUCCCCCAGUGUCUCUGCGUUGGAUUGACACUCGCAUGGUCUAUUUCUGUUGCUGUUCAGCUGCAGGGUAGAUAGUCGCUGCUGCUGCUGCUCUGUGUAGGACACGGACAGGCGCGCCACACACAAGGCUCCAGUAGCUGCUGCCAUGAAAGCUGUCAGUCCAGUGCGCCCGCAGAGUCGGAAAGCCCAAGUGCCGGCGGUGUGCGGGGAGCUGGCGUUGCAUUGCCUGUCUGAGCACAGCCUGGGGGUGGCUCGCUACAAGAUGGAAGAAGAGGAGACCCUGUGCCUGCAGUAUGACAUGAAUGACUGUUACAGCCGGCUCAAGAGGCUGGUGCCCACCAUUCCGCCGAACAAGAAAGUCAGCAAAGUGGAAAUCCUGCAGCAUGUUAUUGACUAUAUCUUGGAUCUGCAGUUGGCGUUAGACACGCACCCAGUGCUGCUCAGGCAACAGCCACCUACCAGGACCCCUCUUACGGACCUCAAUACUGACCCGGCUGCCUUAGUGGUGAACAAACAAGGAGACAGUAUUUUGUGCCGUUAAACCAUUUUUGAGGUGUGCAGCAGGCGAAUCCAGAGCCAGAAGAGGAGAGAGACAAAUUAGAGAAAUAAGGGAGGGGAAGGAAAAAGCAGACAAAAGAGGGGGAAAAGCAACGUACACAUCACUUUCUUACACCACCAAGAAUAUAUUCCUGUCAUUUGCUCAUACCACUGAACACUUUCCCUCGUGUUUUUCAUCCAACGUGAUUUAAUUUCUUACCUUUUUUUGUGAAGAAUUAUGGAAGAGUCAGAUAUACAAUGUAUUUGGACAGGGGGUAGUUUAGAGGACUAAAGAGAGAAUAUGCUAUAAUAUGAAGAACUGAAUACUGAAGCUUUACUAAUAUACCAGAGCUUUGUAGAUACAUUUUUUUACAUCUAUUGUUUAAAAUAGAUGAUUUUAUUGGUUCAGGGAAUUUUUUUUCCCUGCAGGAAUGUUACAUAUUGUAUAGAGAAAUCCGAGUGACAUUUCAUACUAUGUAUAUAUAGAGAUGUUCUAUAAGUGUAAGUGAUAAAGUAUAUGCUUUAAUAGACUACUGUAAUUAUGAAGUAUUUUUAAUUAAAUAUUUUGUGUAAAUAUAAAUUUGUGUUUUUUUUUAACCUCCGGGGGGGUCUGUUCCUAUUUGGAUAAGAAAAUAAACAGCGAUUUAUCAAGAAUUUGUUAAAACCAAUCAUUUGCUGCCGAAGCCCUUCCCUCCAGCAGUAAAGAGCCUUUUUUUUAUUUUAUUUUUUAACUUUCUCAUUAACCCCAUCUUUGCAUGAUUGCAUGGUGCGUUUUAAUUGGACUUUUAAUUGUCCAUCGUGGCACAUUAACACAAAAACACAUUUGUUCUCUGAAGUGCAGCUUCGUAUAAAAACUAUAUGUAAUUGUUUUAAACCUAAAGGUUACAUGAUUUGCCGUGCAGUUGUGAUGUGUACAAGUAUGGGAUCUAUUAUCCAAAAACCAGUUAUCUGGAAAGGUCACUAAUAGGGCAGAUAAUUCAUUGCUUUCUUACUUCACUUGAUACUUACUAAGCCAGCAUAAAAUGCAUGCUGAUGGCACGACAACCCAAAUAAGAUUUUUAUUUUUUUAGUAGCUCUCAGGCAACAUGAUCCAUAUAACAUAAAGGUCACUUAUCUUAAAAACUGCAGGUCCUAAGCAUUGUAUCCAAUCCCAAUAUAUGUACUUUACUCUUUCCGGAUAUAACUGUAUUGCUCUCAUUGUAUUUAAAAUAUAAAAAAGAAAUGUACUCUCUCUCUUAUAUGUAUUAUUGUAGUACCUUUUACUAAUGGCUUUAUCACCACCAAAUAUCCCCUUACUCUAAAUUAAAUUAGUUUGCAUUUUCUGAAACUGAAUAAAUAGCUCUGUUCAUUGUUUAGCGAAUCUAGAUUAAUUCAGUGUAUAAGCCUGAUAGACUGUCAUCAUUUUUACAGUCAAACUCUUGGGCUGUAACAGUGUUCCCAGUUUUUAUACAGAAAUGGCAUCUAUAAGGAAUUCUUGGGACCUUUGUUCUUUUUGGAUAUGGGGUUGUUCCAUAAUAUGGAGCAGUAUACUAAUCAACAGAGUUGUUGUGCCACCUUCAUGAAUAUUAAUUUAGUUUUCAUCACGUACAAGGCACUGCCUUAUAUGAGAAGAAGCUCAUAAUUUCAAAUUGUUUAAAUAAGAUGCUGUAGAAAAUGACUUUACAAUAUUUUCUGGUUAAUAGGUUUCCAGAUAACACAUCCCACAACUGUUUCAAAAUUCUAACAUAUGAUCACGGUUUGUAUUUUAAAAGGUCUGGCAUUAAAAUAUAUCAUAAAUAAAUCAUUUACUGCCACCCAGUUCUAUUGCUGCAAAACCUGUUUCUUGGUCCGAUCCUCUGAUAACCCUUGUGUCUCUCUCUGUUAGCCAUUUACAAACGUGUAUAGGAAUCUAAUUUUUGUUUAGACAUUUGAAUGCUAUUUCCCCCUUAUUUCCAGGCUGUUUAAGCAGGCAGUGUACUUACAAUGUUAUCCGUAUGAUUAAAAAUAAAAAGCCACAGUCCCAUGCGUUGAUGGCAAAAUUAAGAUGAAAUGUUGUAGUGGGGAGUUCUAAACAGCAUCCCUCAAUUAUUAACUGUUCUGCAAUCAUGUAAGAAUCAGUGACUACUGUUAUCUCAUGCACUUUGACAUAUGAGUAUUAAAAUUACAUUUUUACCUGC